ACCUUUUUCAGUCAAUGAUCUCCUCUUCUUUCUUUCCGCUUUAGGUCUUCUUUUCUGUAAGGUGAAUUAUCUUGUAUUUAUGUAUUAUGGGAAAUGGGUGAAAUUGAUUUAUUUAUGUGUAAUCAAUGAUGGAACAGGGUUGGUGGAUCUGGCAUGGACUAAGAAGCAAAGCAAGGAACAUCCCGGGAGAGUGAAUGAUCCUCUGAAGCUGCCAAAAUGGAGCCAUGAUGGUUCCAGCACUGGUCAAGCCCCUGGCGAAGACACCCCCAAGCAAUGUUUAAGGACCCAUUCAGAGGGGGCAACAAUAUCCUGUUCAGCUGGUGAACCAAUACGAACAAAUAAGAGACAUAAUGCAGCAAAAAUAUUCAGCCACCCUGAUGUUAUUGCUGAAGAACCCUGGGAUUAUUGCAUGUACAUUCAGUUUAAACAAAAUAAGUAUGCUAUGGAGCAAGAAUACACAUUGCUGCAAAAACAUACAAAAUGGCCAAUUGGAUGGCCUCUUGCUGGCUACCCUGGACGCCGGGGCCCAUACUACUGUGUUGUUGGCACUGGUAAGGCCGGUGGACGUGACGCUGUGAACUCCCACUAUAAAGCCUGUCUUUACGCUGGAAUUAACAUUACUGGUAUCAAUGCUGAAGUGAUGCCUGGACAGUGGGAAUUCCAAGUUGGACCAGUUGUUGGCAUCACCACUGGGGGUGAGUUGUGGGUGGGUCGUUACAUUCUAGCGAGGAUUACUGAGACUGCUGGAGUUGAUCUCUCUUUUGAUCCAAAACCUGUCCAGGAGCAUAUCGUUGCUUAUGAGGAAGGCAAUGAACGUCGUCUGACAGGAAGGCAUGAAGCUGCUGACAUCAACACACUCUCAUGGAUAUUGAUCUCUUCUUUCCUUGUGUAUGUGUCUCUGCCACGAGGAGUUGCCAACCACAGGGUGUCUAUUAGAGUUGGAAGAGAGACAGAAAAGAGAGGGAAAGGAUACUUCGAGGACAGGAGGCCUGCUGCCAACAUGGAUCCCUUUGUCGUGGCCUCCAUGAUUGCAGAGACAACCAUCUUGUGGAAACCUUGAGAAGGCAACUAUUACUUGCUCUGUGUUAGCAUUGCAGUGUUGUUUUUGGCAUUUUUUUUACUCCAUUUGCAUAUAAUUUGACUGUGGACAUGAAUGCACUUCAUGUCUCUCAGAUGAAAGGUUUUCCUUUCUUCUCCCCUUUAUUCUUCUUCAUUUUUCUCCGCUGCUGCUUAUCAAAAUUUCUACAGGUUUGCUACUUUUAAUUUUUAUUGUGGCCUUUGGAUGACUUACCACAGAUCACGGAUCUAAUCUCCAAGAUGCAAUAUAGAACAAGUGGUGUU